UCAAGAUGGCGGCGGCUGCGGCGGCCAGUAUUCGAGAAAGGCAGACAGUGGCUUUGAAGCGUAUGUUGAAUUUCAAUGUGCCUCAUGUUAAAAACAGCACUGGAGAACCAGUAUGGAAGGUUCUCAUUUAUGAUAGAUUUGGCCAAGAUAUAAUCUCCCCUCUGCUAUCUGUGAAGGAGCUGAGAGACAUGGGAAUCACUCUGCAUCUGCUUUUGCAUUCUGAUCGAGAUCCUAUUCCAGAUGUUCCUGCAGUGUACUUUGUAAUGCCUACUGAAGAAAAUAUCGACAGAUUAUGCCAGGAUCUUCGAAAUCAACUUUAUGAAUCCUAUUAUUUAAAUUUUAUUUCUGCUAUUUCAAGAAGUAAACUGGAAGAUAUUGCAAAUGCAGCAUUAGCAGCUAGUGCAGUGGCACAAGUAGCCAAGGUUUUUGACCAGUAUCUCAAUUUUAUUACUUUGGAAGAUGAUAUGUUUAUAUUAUGCAAUCAAAAUAAGGAACUUGUUUCAUAUCGUGCCAUUAACAGGCCAGAUAUCACAGACACAGAAAUGGAGACUGUUAUGGACACUAUUGUUGACAGCCUCUUUUGCUUUUUUGUUACACUGGGUGCCCUGCCUAUAAUCAGAUGCUCAAGAGGAACAGCAGCAGAAAUGGUAGCAGUGAAACUAGAUAAGAAACUACGGGAAAAUCUGAGAGAUGCAAGAAACAGUCUCUUUACAGGUGACACACUGGGAACUGGCCAAUUCAGCUUCCAAAGGCCUUUAUUAGUCCUUGUUGACAGAAAUAUAGAUUUGGCAACACCUUUACACCAUACUUGGACAUAUCAAGCUUUGGUGCAUGAUGUUCUGGAUUUCCACUUAAACAGAGUUAAUUUGGAAGAAUCUUCAGGAAUGGACAAUUCUCCAGCUGGUGCCAGGCCAAAGAGAAAAAAUAAGAAAUCUUACGACUUAACACCAGUUGAUAAAUUUUGGCAGAAACAUAAAGGAAGCCCAUUCCCAGAAGUUGCAGAAUCAGUUCAGCAAGAACUGGAAUCUUACAGAGCACAAGAAGAUGAGGUCAAAAGACUUAAAAGCAUUAUGGGACUGGAAGGGGAAGAUGAAGGAGCUAUAAGUAUGCUUUCUGACAAUACUGCUAAGCUAACCUCUGCUGUUAGUUCUUUGCCAGAACUUCUUGAAAAAAAAAGACUUAUUGAUCUCCAUACAAAUGUUGCCACUGCUGUUUUAGAGCACAUAAAGGCAAGAAAACUGGAUGUAUAUUUUGAAUAUGAAGAAAAAAUAAUGAGCAAAACUACCCUGGAUAAAUCUCUUCUGGAUAUAAUAUCAGACCCUGAUGCAGGUACGCCAGAAGAUAAAAUGAGGCUGUUUCUUAUCUAUUACAUAAGCUCACAGCAAGCACCUUCUGAGUUAACUGUUAAAGAGCCACUUUUAAAAAUAACCUUCUUAUUUCAUAGGGCCUUUGCCAAAAUGGCCUCAGCUCCUGCCAGCUAUGGCAACACUACUGCUAAAUCAAUGGGUCUCUUAUCAAGAGUCAUGAAUACAGGAUCACAGUUUGUGAUGGAAGGAGUGAAGAACCUUGUAUUGAAACAGCAAAAUCUACCUGUUACUCGAAUUUUAGACAACCUCAUGGAGAUGAAAUCAAACCCAGAAACAGAUGACUACAGAUACUUUGACCCCAAAAUGUUACGAGGCAAUGACAGCUCAGUGCCAAGGAACAAAAAUCCAUUCCAAGAGGCAAUCGUUUUUGUGGUGGGCGGAGGCAACUACAUUGAAUAUCAAAAUCUUGUUGACUACAUAAAGGGAAAACCAGGCAAGCACAUUUUAUAUGGCUGCAGUGAGCUUUUUAAUGCUACACAGUUCAUAAAACAGUUGUCCCAACUUGGACAGAAAUAACCUGGAAAAACUUCAUGGAACUUGGAUUACAGUUUUAAAAAGAAGAGCCAGAUCUUUCUUUCCUUCUCUAUAACAGUGAACAGUUAUUUCAUAAUUUUUAAUAAUUCUAUACUUAUUAUAAUGUAUACUGAUUAAAAGAAUAAAGCAUUUCAGAAAUAAAUUUUUUAAGGUACA